AUGAAACCCAAGAAAGCUGGGAGACGUAUGUCGAACGAGUACAACAUUUUUUUCGCUGCAAACGAUGUCGACGACAAUCAUCAAGUGCCAACUCUGCUGAGUUUGAUUGGAAGCAAAACGUAUUCAUUAUUAAAGGAUUUACUUUUGCCAGAAAAGCCUGCAGACAAGAACUUUGAUGAAAUAGUAAGUACAUUACAGAAGCAUUUAAAUUCUAAACCACUAGAAAUAGCCGAACGGUUUCGUUUUUAUAAGAGAAAUCAGCAAGAAGGGGAGAGCAUUUUAAGUUAUAUAGCUGAGUUAAAGAAAUUAACCACACAUUGCAAUUUUGGAAGUAACUUGGAAGAAACCUUGCGCGACAGAUUGGUGUGUGGAUUAAGUAAUCAGCAAAUUCAGAAACGUCUCCUUGCAGAGUCAAAAUUAAAAUUCUCCAAAGCUGUUGACAUAGCAGUUGCUAUGGAAACAGCCACUCGAGAUGCUACAGAGAUCCACAGCAAGGGUAGAGAAGAAAAACCUCUUGGGUCUUGA